CCAAUUCCACCAUGCCCGACUUGUGGUCGACUUCAUCGGGGAGAGUGCCAUGUAGGACAGGACAUCUGCUAUUACUGCCACGAGCCUGGACACUUUGCGAGCCGCUGUCCGAAGAGACUCCAGCAGCAGCUUCAGCAGCCUCAGCAGCAGCAGCCACGUCAGCAGGCACAGAGGCCGCCUCAGCAGCAGCAGCAACAGCAGAGGGGCAGACAGCAGGCCAGGGUUUACGCGGUUGAUCAGGCCGAGGCAGCACAGCAGCCAGGUACUAUGUCAGGGAUGGUUAUUCUCAAUGAUAUUCCAUUCUUAGCGCUUCAGCAUGGCACUCGUACUGUUGAUGAGUACGAACGAGAGUUCACUAGACUUGCAGCUUUCGUACCGGAUCUGGUUCGCACGGAGGAUCAGAGAGCGCAGCGGUUCAUCGACGGGCUUUUCCCAGCAGUCCGUCACAACAUCGUGGGACACAGGACUCAGACCUACGCUCGUGCAGUUUCUAUUGCCCAGGAGGUGGACGAUAGCAUCAGGAGGGAGGCAGUUCGUGAUCGUGCCCAAUCAUCCGCCCCAGUUCAGCCAUUUGCAGCUCUACCAGCUCCACCAGCCCCUCAGCAGGCAAAGGAGAAGAAGAGGAAGGGGAAGGGUGCACAGACUGACCGGAGGACCCGACAGAGACAGCAGCCAAUUCCACCGUGCCCGACUUGUGGUCGACUUCAUCGGGGAGAGUGCCAUGUAGGACAGGACAUCUGCUAUUACUGCCACGAGCCUGGACACUUUGCGAGCCGCUGUCCGAAGAGACUCCAGCAGCAGCCUCAGCAGCCUCAGCAGCAGCAGCCACGUCAGCAGGCACAGAGGCCGCCUCAGCAACAGCA